AUCAUCUUCUACCCCAGACACCCAGAACACGACACCAAGGCAACUAACUAACACAUUCACGGAACAACCAUCUUGACCCCACCUUAACACAAAACAUCCUGCUGACAUUGGCGAAGGGAAACAUUUCUGCCCCUUGUGCUUCUUUUCACUGCACACACCAUCACGGAAUUCUCCCUCCGAAUCUCUCUCAGUCUCUCCCCCAAGCUACUGUUUGUGUUCUUUUUCGAGGUCAUUGACUUCUUUGAGGAGCGAAAAAACGCUCGGACCAUUCCACUGACGGAAACCCCUCCUCCAUCUUUCCUCCUUCCAUCCUUCGAGACUCGAACGAUCCGUAAAUUUUGAUCCAUACCUCCUUGUUCGCUUCGAUCCUCUGGGCCAUUUACCUUACGCCUGGGACUCUACUCAGUUACCAUCGACUUCAUCAACUCGAGGCCACAGCCUCAAUCGGCCGAGGGAUCUGCUCUCUCACCCAUCACCGAAGGUGCUGCCCUUGACGCCGCUGGAUAAAUCAUUGAAGUGACAAAGAGAGACGAGGGAAGAGCAAGAUGAAUCCACACCAGAAGAACAAGAUCGACAUCAACAAACUGUCUCCGGACGAGCAAAGACUGUUCAGACUCUAUGGCAAGCUUCCGAACAAGUCAGAUCUGUUGCAGAACAAGUUAAAGGAGCGCAAGUACUUCGACUCAGGAGACUACGCCCUCUCGAAAGCCGGCAAAGCUUCAGAUACGGGUGUCACGACCAUCGGCACCGAACACCCCAAGGCCGAAGAGAUCCCCCACACCAGCCCUCUCAUGCACACACUCUCUCGCAACGACUCGGUCUCGGGCGCGGCCGGGUCGGCCGCACUGGCGUCCAGCCCUGACGGACAAACCAUGCUCCCGGGUCCCGCGGGCAUGCAUCGCGGCAGCAUAAACGGAAUCCCGGGUGGUGGACUCCCAGGAGCCACCGGCCGCAGCCCCGUCAAGGAGAGCAGCUUCCUGGCCAGGAGUGCGAGCAUCGACGAGGCGAACAUGGACGGCGGCCAUGCCAGAGCUGACAAGGCGGGUCUCGAAGGAAGCGUCAGUCCACCCACCAAGAGAGAAGGCAUUCCUAUUCGCAGAUAGGCAGGGACGACAUGCCAAUCCCCAGAGUCUUUGUACUCUCGUACAGAUGUGGGAGGUGGCACAAAAAAUGUCCACCCUCCAGUUGGCCGACCUUUUCUUCUUUCUUUCAAAAUCCACGGAGUGAAAUGCUUCGGGCGUCGUCCCUCGUAUAAUCUUGAACAAUGGGGGCCAAUUUACCUAGGUAGUACCACAAAAAGCUGAGCUGAGAGGCGAGGCCCUUGACUACGUGAAAGGGAAAGGAAGGGAAAGGAGAGAGGGAAAAAGCGAAAUCGAUAGCGAUGGAGUUUCUGCGCAACAGCAAAGCCGGCACCAAGUGUACGACCUGUUGGAACUUUCAAUUCACAAUUUGAGACUCAUUCCUUCCAGGAGGGGGAGGAGGCGGGAGGUAUAUGGAAAUCCGAAAUCGAAACCAAACAAAUCACACAAAAAAACAGUCCACGCGGACCUGGUCACAUUACGAUAUGCUAUGUUAUGACAGCUGGGGCGAGGGGCGUUUGUCUUCGUUCGUCUCAUAGUAUGAAAUGAUUAUUCAUUAUCUCUG